CGGGCCUUUGGACAAAGCUGCAUCUUUCCCCACGGAUCUUCCGCAAACGAGCAUCACCCACACUCACAGCGUUAUCAGUGAAUUGGCGGAACCUUGCUUUAGCUUGCAAAAAGACAGUGCCACAAAACAGCUCAUCGAAACUCAAAACUGGUAUUAGUAUCCUCUUGAGCUCCAUCGCGAGCACCACAAGCUAAAAUCCUAAAUCAGUUUUCUCACUUUGAAAAAACAUCACCAUGGGCAACCACAGGCGUGAAAUUUCCAUCAACGAUAUCGAUGAGGCCCAAGCCAGCGGUAUUUUGGAAGGAGUUAUCAAGGAGUCUCGUGUGUUCCUUGGCGGAGCAGCCAUUGGCAAGGGUCUCAAGAAGGCUGCCAAUUACUACUUGAAUAACAACCUCCGUCUCAUGGAAACUCCAUCUCAUUUUCAACUCGAUGGAGCCAAAGAUUUGGAAGUAAACGCCGACAAAGUACCCUUGGAGAAUUCAUUCUAUGUCGUUGACAUUGGAGUGGUGGUCAGCCAAGUCUUCCAGUGGCGCAAAUUCUUUCCACGUGUCCAACCAUUCAUGGCCGUCAAAUGCAACCCAGAUCCCGUAAUUAUCAAGACGCUGGCUGUCUUGGGGUGCAACUUUGACUGUGCUUCGGCCAACGAAAUUCGAUUGGUCCAUCAAUGCACUCGAAAUUUGCCACACCAACCGGAAAUCAUCUUUGCCAACCCCUGCAAACCCAGAUCUCACAUUUUGGAAGCUGUUUGCAAGGGAAUUCGACGCAUGACGUUUGAUAAUGAAGCCGAAGUGGAAAAGUGCGCCUCCAUUUCCAAAAAGAUUGAGUUGGUCCUUCGCAUCAUCACAGACGAUAGAGGAUCUCAGUGUCGCCUCAGUUCCAAGUUUGGAGCUCCUCCCAUCAAGUGGCGACCUCUCUUGGCAGCAGCCAAGAAACGUGGACUCCAAGUGGUGGGCGUUUCCUUUCACGUUGGAAGUGGAUGCAGGGAUGCCACCAGGUAUCACGAGGCUUUGAAGGAUGCUCGUUCGAUUUUUGACAUGGCCGAGAAGGAGUUCGGUAUGAAAAUGCAUUUGUUGGACAUUGGAGGAGGGUUUCCAGGUGAAACCCACUCUAUCUGGAACCCAGCCAUAGAGCUCGACGACGAAGACGCUGAUAAAGUGGAAGGAAAGACCGCGGAGGAGGCCGAGAAUGUCGACGAAAGCAACGACCGUUUCAUGUUCUUUACGGAGAUUGCGGAACAAGUUGCCCCAGUCAUUGACCAACUCUUCCCUCCAGAGCAGGGAGUUCAUGUGAUUGGUGAACCUGGUCGCUACCUCGUCGCGGCCAGUUCUACCCUCUGUUGCUCUGUGACUUCUUGCCGAAACAACCAGAUGGACGAGUCCUUCAAACCAGAACAGGUGGAUGACAAACAAAUGGCUGCACAGCUCCAUGGCAUGUCCCGAAAACAGGAACAGGCACUUGUACGUGGACUUUCCCUUGGUCGGGGUGAUACCGAAGCAAUCCUCACUACCAUUCAAGAAGAGCUCGCGGAUUAUUCAAAGCUAUACGCGAACCAGCAGUUGGCCAAUCAGGAAGUGACUCUCUACAACGACAGCAUUGAUCUCUACUCGUCAGACUACGAAAACGCCCUUGAUUUGCUCGGUCCUCCAAGUGAAAACCAGCGUGAUAUCGGCCGCCACACAGUUGAGGGUAUGAACUAUACCCUUGUGACUGGUUCACUCACCUCUCCAGAUGCACCAGAUGGUCUCAUUACCCUCGCCGCCGCGGGAGAAGCUGCUGUCAAUGGCCUCGUCAUGCAAGCGGUGGCCGAUUCUGCGCCAAUGCAGGACGAUUUCACCUACUAUGUAAACGAUGGAGUCUACGGAGCGUUCAACAACAUCAUGUUUGACCACGCCAUCCCUCGCCCUCGCGUCCUCAACAAGACCGGGCACAACAUCACGAGUGACACCAAUGAGGACGGAUUUCGCACAUUGGAAAUGCCUCAAGGCGAUCUAUCAUCGGACGAUGGCAAGUCUCCCCAGCUCUACUCUUCCACGGUCUUUGGACCCACUUGUGACUCCAUCGAUGUGAUAGCCCGCUCGGUACUAUUACCAAAGUUGGCAAUUGGCGAAUUUCUCUACUUUGAAAACAUGGGCGCCUACACUUCGGCCGCAGCAAGUACGUUUAAUGGCUUCAACCCCAGUGAGAAGUUCUAUGUUUGCAGUGUGCAACCUGAAUAUUUUGAAUCGAUGAUUGCUGGCCCCGAAUCCGAUGUUUCUGGUGAGAAAGAAGGUGAGAUUAAGGAUAGCAGCUAGCUAUACCCCAAAGUAUUCCCCUUCCUUAAAAUAGAAUUAGUUGUUGGCGUUAUAGGUGCCAUUGAGAGC